ACAAGAGGCAAAGAAUGGGCGCAAAUGGUUAGCCCGCGCGUGAAACCCCUGAACAUCCUGGGCCUGGGCUACAGUGUGGGCACCGAUGGACAGGUACUGACCGGCGAGAUAGUUGUGGUCAAGACUUUCGAGGAGUUGGCGAACAGAUCCCAAGAAGUGAAGGGAAAGUUUGUGGUCUAUAACUUCGACUUCAAGGGCUAUGGCGAGUCCGUUAAGUACAGGGGCUCGGGAGCCAGUGAGGCCGCCAAAUACGGCGCCAUCGGAGCACUGGUGCGAUCAGUGACACCCUUCUCAAUCAACUCACCACAUACUGGGAUGCAAUCCUACAAGAGUGGUGUCCCGAAAAUACCGGCCGUCAGUAUCACCGUAGAGGACGCGGAGCUGUUCGGUCGACUGGCCGCCAGAGGGGUCAAAGUGAACGUAAGUCUCUAUAUGGAGGCCAGUAUGGCGGACAGGGAGGGCACGUCCCGGAACACUGUCAGCGAAAUCACCGGAACUGAUAAACCCAACGAAGUAGUGCUAGUGUCGGGCCAUUUGGACUCGUGGGAUGUGGGACAGGGAGCUAUGGACGACGGCGGCGGCGCUUUUAUCUCAUGGCGGGCCCUAUCGGUCAUCAAGAAGUUGGGACUCAAACCUAAGCGGACGAUGCGGUCAGUCCUGUGGACGGGCGAAGAGAUGGGUCUCAUCGGAGUCCAGGCCUACGCCAAGCAACACGCCGGUGAACUAAACCGUAUGAGUAUCGCCAUGGAGUCGGACAUCGGCACCUUUACCCCACUGGGCAUCACCUUCUCGGGCACCAACUCCACGGCCCAGUGUAUUGUCAACGAAAUACUCCAAUCGCUGAACACUAUAAACGCCACCAAAUUGACCCUCAAUGAGGAGGGCUCCGACAUAGACUACCUGAUGGCGGCGGGUGUGCCGGGUAGUAGUCUGGACAACGCCCACGAGACCUACUUCUACUAUCACCACUCAAAUGGCGAUACCAUGACUGUGGAGGACUCGCAUCAGUUGGAUCUGUGCACAGCUGUCUGGGCGGCCACCAGCUAUGCAUUCGCAGCACUCGAUGACCUGUUACCACGAUGAGAUACCGGUGCUACUAGUGCUGUUUAAUAGUGUGUUUACUUGUAG